AUGACGGUGAUGAGUCUGCCUACAGGCAGGGCCACCCUUCUUCGGGACAUGAGAUGGUCCUCACUCAUAGACACUGUUCAGAAUGAGGUCCAGCAGAGACUGUACUUCCUGGGGAAACUCAAAAAGUACAACCGUCCACAGGAGCUGCUGGUUCGGACAUGGAUCCUCAUUGUUGGAUACACAACAGCUUUUGGCGCCAUGUUUGCCAAGACGUGGAGGGUACACGCCAUCUAAAAUGUGAAGAUGAAGAAAAAGAUCAUAAAGGACCAGAAACUGUUGAUAAUCGUCGGCGGGAUGCUGCUUAUCGACCUAUGCAUCCUCAUCUGCUGGCAGAUCGUGGACCCUCUCAAGAGGACCGUGGAGGAAUACAGCUUGGAGGCGGACCCACACGGCCGGGACAUUGCCAUCCGUCCCUUCUUGGAGCACUGUGAGAACACCCACAUGACCAUUUGGCUUGGCAUCGUUUAUGCCUACAAGGGACUGCUAAUGCUGUUUGGCUGCUUUCUGGCAUGGGAGACCAGGAACGUGAGCAUCCCUGCCCUCAACGACAGCAAGUACAUCGGCAUGAGCGUGUACAACGUCGGCAUCAUGUGCAUCAUCGGCGCCGCGGUGUCUUUCCUGACCAGGGAUCAGCCGAAUGUCCAGUUCUGCAUCGUAGCCCUCGUCAUCAUCUUUUGUAGCACCAUCACCCUCUGUCUGGUCUUUGUUCCUAAGUUGAUCACCAUGAGGACAAACCCAGACGCGGCCACCCAGAACCGGCGGCUAAAGUUCACCCAGAAUCAGAAGAAGGAAGACUCCAAGACCUCCACCUCGGUCACCAGCGUGAACCAGACCAACACCUCCCGACUGGAUGGGCUCCAAACUGAUAACCACCGCCUUCGCAUGAGGAUAACUGAGUUGGACAAGGAGCUGGAGGAAGUGACCAUGCAGCUGCAAGACACCCCAGAGAAAACUCCCUACAUCAAACAGAACCAUUACCCGGACGCCAAUAACAUCCUCAGCAUACGCAACUUCACAGACGGCAAAGAUGGAGAGAAGUCGAUCCUGAAGAACCACCUGGAGCAGAAACCGCAGGCGCAGUGGGGCUCCAUGGAUCCAUCCAGAAUAAGCAGAGGUCCCUUGGAGGAUAUCAACUCUCCUGAACACAUACAGCGUCGACUGUCUUUGCAGCUGCCUAUCCUGCACCAUGCAUACUUACCAUCCAUAGGAGGUGUUGACGCCAGUUGCACCAGCCCUAAUGGAAGCCCAGGCUCCAGUCCGAGGCACAGACACAUGCCCCCUUCCUACAGGGUAAUGGUCUCUGGCCUCUGAGCCUCAUUUACUCCCCCACCUUGCUCUUUGCUGAGGAGACACAAAUGGUUCUUUUUUUCUACAACAAAUAGACUGAUGUCGUCAGCAUAUGUGCGUAUUCCGUCUCGGACUGAAAAGAAGAUGGGGAUGAACAAAGAGAGGGGGGAGGGAUAAAGUUUCACUCGUCAUACCUCUGCACUCUGGUCUCUUGAGGACUGAUGUCGUCAGUCAAAACUGGGUGGGAGAGGACUGGUGAUGCUUAACUACUUCUGUGAUUAACGUCCCCUCGGCCAUCUUCCUCCCUGCUUAGGCCUGCUUACACACACAUGUCAGACACCGAUAUUUACAACAGAGAUACACACCCAUGUCCAAGCACAGUGGCGCCCCGACAGCAGCGGUGGACCAGCCCUAAAUCUGACGUGUAGCCUUAUCAUCUUCAAAAGGGAUUGUUUCUGUUUCUUAUCUGUUUUAUGUACUGUACGUGCUUGCAGCUACAUGUGAGCCAUGUAAACAUUUCACUGCUUCAGUGAUUGGAUAUGAGUUUGGGAGCAAUGAGAGCAAUUUUCAAGAUUCCAGCUAACGAAAGGAUUCCCGUCCACUUUUCAACCUUGUGCAGAGAUGUAAAUAUCAUUGCUUUCGACACUGAUGUACUGUAAGCUUUGUAUAUGCUGUGAAUGGACAAAUUAAUAGGAUCUAAGUGUGGCGCUUGUAACAAAGGCAGGUGAAAGCUUAUAAAAUGUCACAUCCUACAAAUCAGAUAUAUGACAAAGGCAGGAAUUUGUUUGCAUAGCUGUCAAUAUAUUAGCCUACAAAAAGCAUAAAUGCAUCAAAAAUCUGUCCAGGACCCAAACCUAAAACUUGGACUUAGAUGCACGUUGCUCUUUUUUUGUUCCACUUUGCUAUUUUUUCUAGACUGAUUUAUGUCAGAGAGCUCCUGUCUGACUCUGUAAAGGCUUUCAUACUUUACAACUUAAUCAGCCCGUCUUCAGACAGCAUGUUUUAUAGAAAUAAUAAUGCUAUGCCUUUUUCACAGGUCUCCGAGAAAAUAGAGCAAAAAAAAAGAGACCAAAAGAGUGUUCCACAGCUUUGUUAUGGUUUAACAUGCCAAGAAAUUCAAAAACGCAAGAUAUAGACAUGAAACCCAUGAGAGCCCCCAGUGAAUUCAGGUGCUGUUGGCGCUAGUGAUGGGUGAGGUCACGUUGAAGCCCACAGACCAGUCUUUAUAGACUGUUAAGAUGUCUAACUGGACUUGUUCUCACGUCUUACCAGCAAAGAUGAGAACAACGGGGCGCAGCAAUAGCACAAAGUUACAAGACUGCGGGAUAAAACUCUGUCAGGAGAGAUGAACCGAAAAUAAGCGAUGGUGGAAAAAAUGUAGGUUUACCAGUUCCGCAACUCGAUCGGACUGAAUAGUUAACCUGAAUUUCCACGUGCAGCAGCAGAGACAGUGGACGUGUUGAAGUCUCGUGUAAUGAACCUCCAAACGGUCUGCAGGUUCAGUUUUAAAGACGGCGACGCCACCACUGCUGGUCACGGUGAUUUAGCACAGACACAGGGCUUUCUUUUACAAAUAACAAUAAGUACCAUGAAAGAUCAAUCCACACUUAGCAACAGUGAACAUACCUCAGUUGCUACAGAAAUGUAAUUCAGUGCCACUGAGCUUCACCCUAGACCGUCAUCAGGAGUACCGCUGUUCUUUGUUACAUUUUUUUUCCUGAUGCAGGAGAAAAAGCAAAUGGGGGACUCUGCAGGAAAAAGGACGUUUUUUUACUCAGAGCGAAAAAGGUUCGUUCUCAGCAUAUUGUUUCACCAUUGGUGUCUUGGUUUUUCUUUUAUUUUUUAAGGCGUUUCUUGAGCGCUGUGCCUGUUGUCUUAUAUUGUAGCCUGCAAGACCCACACUACAUACAAAAGGGUCGAAACUGCGCUUACCCAGCAAAGUACAUUUGGCCGCACAUCUGUAAAUCGAACAAUGUGUCAUAGACCAAUCUAAAGUCCAUGUGUCCGUGAAAAGGGACAGCUUCGGGAGUACAUGGCGACGGCUCCGCUUCAGCCGGAGGAUAAUUCUUCAGAAACACAGUCAGACGCUCCUCAGAGAAGUUGGAGGAUCCAGAGGUGAAGAUGGGGAGACAAGGACCUGCUGUCAGACAUAUCGGGGUUUGGGCUCCUCCCGUUUCCAGGCCUCUGCCAUAAUGCACAGGAGCAGGGAAAAGAAAAACCCAAGCACAGACCUCAAAAAAGGAGUCAUGACUUCUCCUGCACCUUUGCCAACCAGAGAAUCACAGACCAUGCGAGUGGGAGACAUUACCAGAGGGUUGGAUCUUCCUUCAGGAGAAGCAAAAAAACCAACCGCACAUUUUAUAUAUUACAUUAUAUGUGAUUGUGUACAACUUUGCUGAUACCCUGAUGAUGGUGUCCAUGUAUGGAGUAUUUGGUAUUUGGCUUUCUCAAGACGGCAUGAAAUAAAAUGUAUAAUUCACAGAGUUACCUCUGUUUUUUUUGCAACUGUUGUGACAAAGCUACUCUGUUGUUCCAUCACAUCACUUGUAAUUUGGUUUUUAAUCGCAGAAGUGUCCACACCCCUGUUCAAACGUCGAGUCUUUGCGAUGUAAAACAGAGACCACGAUACUCAACAAGUCACAUCUUUGUUGUGACAUAUAACCAUCCAGCUGAAAAAAUAAAAAAACAAUCUGUUGUGUGGGGACAGGUCCAGUAACUCGUUUAGAUUCAGUUUCACCAUGCAGCCUUCUGAAAGGAGUUUAUGAAAAUGCGUCUUGAUUUAACCAUAUUGACCCAUUUUUUACCCCUUUUACCCCUUGUAGGGGUAAAAGUUUUCCAAAUCCAUCUUCUUUAUUGAAGUCAUUCUUUUCUUGCAUUAAAUGUCUGCUUGGACUCACUGUGAUGCUGCAAAAUAAAAGCCCUCUUCAUCUUCAGGUCUCCAGCAGACUUUUGAACAUUUAGGGUCAGAAUGGACUGGUUUUGAACAAAUAACCCAGCUCAGUCCAAAGAGCGCUAACCCCAGAGCAUGAUGCAGCCACCACCAUGUUUCACUGUGGCUACUGCGUUCUCUUGGUGAUACGAUGUGCCGUUUGUGUACAAAACUACCUUUUAAGCUCCAGUCUAGUUUAAUUUGAUCAUUCAACCCCCCUCAACCAUGCCCGGCUGAAGGGGGGGGAAAAAACUGAAGUUUAAAAAAUCUGACAUUUUAACAGGGGUGUCCACACUUUUUAAAUCCACUGUAGUUCCCUACAAGCUUUUGUUUGGGUUAUUUUUGCCUUUUUUAUCAGUACACACAUAUCGACGCCAAGAUGCUCAGUGGACUAACUAAAUGUCAUCUCAUCUAACAUGCUACUGAUUUAGCACCUGUUCACUGAGGGCAAUAAAAAGAAGGUAGCAGCUAUUGAACAAACCUAAUAAUCCACUUAUGUGAUUUAAAAAAAAAAAGCCAAUCAUUUUAUCAGAUCAGUCUGAAAUAUCAAACAGAUCGGGUCUUUUUUUUUUUUUUUUGUUUUUUUAUUCUGACAUGAUUCAUUUCAGUUAUUCCCAUAAAUGAAUCAAUUUUACAAAUGCAAUUGUGGUGGGUCAAGGGCUCAUAAUAACCUGUAAUAAAAAAAAUCAUGCUGAUGGUUUGUAUUUGCCACAGGUCUUUUUACCUUUUCAGUUUGAAGAUCAAAGUGACGUAUACGAGGAUAUCUUUGUACGUUUUAUCGUCGGGUUCUCUGGAGAACAACAACACAAACCCAGAUAUGUUACACUAUAAAAAACUAUAUUAAGUGGAGACACACAAAGGUCCAUGCUGUUAUUGUUUUGUCAGUUUGAUAUGUGGUACGAAAUGGCAUUAUGUUCAAUUAACACUUUAAAUGGUGAACAACAACCUAUGUUAAAUGCAACAUGUUCAAGAGGGGCAAUAACUUGUUUUCUUAUUACAGAAAGAAUAGAGAACUAUAUAUAUAAAUAUAUAUGUAUAUGUAAAGAUCUUUACGUACAUUCUCAUUUUUACAUAGGAAACAUUUCACAAAUCUGAAGUCUUCUUUUUAUUUACAGUAUCUGUAACUAUGUUAUGUACAGAUGAGGUCUAGAUAUGAAAAACUUGUAUAAAAUGAGUAUCACACUUGGAACACCAUUUUUUUUUUUGAGCCAUUGGUUGUUAUGGGGGGCGGGGGUAGGGGAAAUUUACAAAUCAUUCUUCUUUUGUUGUCUGAAUGUUAUGGACAGCCUUUACUUUUCACAUCAUCGUUAAAUAAAGUGUGACUGAAAAUGA